ACACUGGCAGCUAGCCUAGCCGGCUAACUUGGCUAAUCUGAUUUAUCGUCUAGGUUAAGCGCACGUAGCGGUAGUCAGGAUUACCAAAUUUAGUUUUACCAUAUCUAACGUUUAACGCAAUAUCUACCUAACAUCAAGUCACCAUUAAUAUCAAGAAUGGCAUCGCUUGGGGAGCCUGUGCGGUUGGAAAGAGACAUUAGCCGUGCGGUUGAACUGCUUGAUAAGCUCCAGAGGACAGGGGAAGUGCCUCCCCAGAAGCUGCAGGCACUGCAAAGGGUCUUACAGAGUGAAUUCUGUAAUGCUGUCAGAGAAGUUUAUGAACAUGUGUAUGAAACAGUGGACAUCAACAGCAGUCCUGAGGUCAGGGCCAACGCCACAGCUAAGGCUACUGUGGCAGCUUUUGCAGCAAGUGAGGGACACUCACAUCCACGCGUCGUUGAACUGCCCAAGACAGAAGAAGGCCUGGGUUUCAAUAUAAUGGGCGGAAAGGAGCAAAACUCACCUAUUUACAUCUCACGCAUCAUCCCAGGAGGCAUCGCUGACCGACAUGGAGGCUUGAAGAGAGGCGACCAGCUUCUCUCUGUUAAUGGAGUGAGUGUGGAAGGUGAGCACCAUGAGAAAGCUGUGGAACUCCUCAAAGCAGCUCAGGGCACUGUGAAGCUGGUAGUAAGGUAUACCCCCAAAGUCCUAGAGGAAAUGGAGUCACGCUUUGAGAAAAUGAGGUCGGCGAAGCGCCGGCAACAGAACAACUAUCCCCAGUAGGAAUUUUCCAUGCUGAUGCCCAGCUCCCAUGUCUCUCCUCCUCUAGCAUUAUGGCCAUUUGUUCUGGUCUGUUUCUUAUCUCCCUGCCACCCAAAAAUACAAAAACACACAAGAUUAGUUUUGUUUCCUACUCGCACAUACUGUAUAUUGUGCUUCUAGCGUUUUCUGUAGCAAUUUUAAUAUUUGCCAUUGUUACACUGGACACUGCAACUCUAGUCAAACACUAGAAUGAUCAUGAUUGUCAAUGUAGGUGGUCACUCACGUGCAUUAUUUUUGAAUUGACAAUUUGAAUGCAACUUUGAGUGCUUUUAAAACCACAAUUCCUUUGACUAGAAAGGUAGUGUUUUUAAUUAUUUUAUCACAGCCACUACCAAGUGCCUCAGGGCAAACACAUUCAUCUUAUGUAUUGUGUUCAUUGUUCUUUUUUUCUUUCUAAUGGUUUAAAGUCAAGGACUGGUAAUUAAAUGCUUGUGGCAGGAUUUACUACAUGCUUUGCAUCUGUUAUUCUCAACAACACAUGUUAACAUAAAACUCUUCACUUGUGCAAACUUUAGUUUUAUUGCCGCUCUACUGGAAAGUCCAGAAUAGGGAAGAGUUGAUGAGUGAAUUAGUUAGUUUGAUAAUAAGGGAAACCACCGAAAGGACACUUCAAAUACCGGUUUUCUAAUGUCCUACCACACUACAAAAAUCUCAGCAGGUACUGUAAGUAAUGUAAUGGGAUCUUUGCAACUUUUGAACUAAAUUCCUGUUGCGACAGAGACUCACAGUUUUACUUUUAUCGAAGUAGCAAAUGUUCAGUCAGCAUGACAUGAGAUGAAACCAGUUCAGCUUCUGAUUAAUUUGUGUUGAAGUAAAUCAGGAGGGUACUAUAUGUCAUGUUUUUCCUUUGCCAGGUACGGUAGUUAAUGAAAAGUCAGUUUCUUAACAUUCAUCUUUGAUCUUUGCUCAAAAUAACAGCCAACUUGUUAGCAUUGUUUGCAUCAUUCAGUGAAAGUUCAAAAUGAGGAAGAAUAUUUUUUGUAAUAUCAAGCAGUCUGAUAAUAUGAAACAGUCUCUUUAAAUCACAAUAAUUCCUAAUAUGAGCUUUCAUCAUUGUUUUGAUGAAUGAAAUGGCAGACACAAUACUGGAUUUGGCAACUGCAUGUUAAUCAAGACUUUACACAGUGGAUUAUGCCGUAAAUCUGAUAUAUGAUGCUUGCAACAACAUUUUCUUUACGAACUGACACUAGAUUUAUUUCCUUACCUAGACAUUUGUCAUUUUUAUUAAAACCAACAGUUUAGUUGCACCAAUAAAAUGUAUGUAAUAUUCUAACUGCCCAUCAUGUUGAAAUAAGAAUGAUAAUGAACAUUACGGAAAAACCCUCAGGUUUGUUGUGAUAUGCGGUUUUAAGCAGGCUAAUGUCAAAACGGUGUCAAUAAGCCCCAACAUACUGUAUAUGUUGGAUCUCCUUCCACGUUUACAUAUACAACACUUAGAAAUAAUGUUUAAAGUGUUUGUAGAAUGCAUCUUCAGCUGUUGUAACGGUGUUCCUCGUAUCAUGACAAAACAUCUUAUGAUGUGGAAUAUUAAUGCUUAAAAAUCCUUUCCUCAUUCAGAAGCCUCUCAUGCAACAUGUCAAUCAAACAAGUCCGUAAGUCAUGUUUUUCUUUAAAAAACUUGUAUUCUGAAUACUUACUUAUUUGAUAUGAAACAAGAGAAUUCAAUGGCCUUUCUUGAUUUGUCUGCAAAGGGAAUAUAAGUUACUCUCUGCAACAUCCAGUCUUUCAGUGUGUGGGACAACAAAGUAUCAGAAGAUAAAUUUAAUUUAUUCCCAACAGUGUUUUGUUUCCCUGGUAGAUGCAACAGCAUGAAUAUAGAAUAAUGUAAACUAGGCUUUAGCUGACUUUAGCCAUACUAUUGUCUAGUCCCAGGAUCCAGGAUCAGCGCAUCACAUAAUUCACACAGGAAAAUAGGAACCACAAAGCUAGUUGUGAUCUGUUUUACUGAUGUAGAAAAUUGAUGGAUGGUGGAUAAAGUAACAGAAACACAUGGCCAUGUAUGAAAGCGGGAAAACCUUUACCUUCAGUGUAGCUUCAGUCUCUCUCUGUUGUAAUACACUGUACGGUCAAUGGUUUCUCCUCUAAUCUUGAACAGUUUUUGUGAUGUAGUUAUUUUAUUUUAUCUACCAUCUCUUAACAUACAAUAAGGUUCAGCACGAGCAACUGCCUAUGACAUCAGUUGCUCUAGCGUUGCUCCAAAUUUGAUAUUGUUUUCUCCAAAAUAUGCUUGUGUGCUUUUAGUGAUCUAUCCGAUGAGUGGCACCAGGCGUAACCAUUUGUACUUCAAAAAAAGAUUACUUAACGUCACUAAAUGUAUCACUAAGUCUUCUAAAAUGUUGUUAUCAGUGGAAAGGUUUUUUUUGUUUUUUUUUUGAAAUCUUAAAAUUAUAGUUUACGAAAGUAAAAGUUGGACUUGUCUGUUACGUUGUCUACAUGUGUCCAUUAUUGCCCUCCGUGUCAGCUCAAAGUCCACUCUUCCUUUUAAAUAUCAGGUUAACUUGCGGGAUUAGCUUCACUCAAGUUUAGUGGAUUAUGUCUUACUUUAAUAUUGCUUUAAAUAGUCCACAAUAAAUGAUGAUAGCACAUAGCUCAGUUGUAUUCAGUUGGUGUGCUUCCUGUAAUCCUUUUACUCCUUUAUUAAAAAGCUGAAUUUUGGGACAAAGUGUAAAAUAAAAACAAACACACACAGUCCUGCAAAAACUGAAUGAAAAUCAAUUAUCUAUGCAAAGUCAUUUAAAACUUUGGAAAUAUCCUGUACUGGUGCAAAAUAACUGUAAUUUUACUGUAGAAUUUUAAUGACAAUUACUACAUGAAGGCUGUGUGGACAAAUGUCUAAUGUAAUAUGAUGUAUUUUGGGACCGCUGCAAUCAGUGGACACUUUGGAGUUACAUAAUGUUGUGAGGCAUUUACAAGAUUUGUUAUAACAUACUCAUGCUGAUUACCAUCAAGUAGUUGCAGUGAAAAUGUCUGUGUGAUAUUAGUUUUGCUAUCUAAUGAUUGUCAGGAUGCAUGUAGAAGAAUAGGCUUGUGUGAAAGUGUGGUUAGGAAUAGACCAUUCCACAGGCUACUUUGACGAUAUGUUUGUUUUGAGGCAGAAAAUUAAGCAGAUGUACAUAAAAGUUGAAAUGUCCUAAUAUAAUGUAAAGUUUGUCACUUAAUUGUGUUUUAUCCAGCUUUAGCUAGCUAGAUUCACUGCUUACAAACAUGUAUAGUAAAUCGGGAACAUAAUGUAAUGAGACUAGGUAUUGAUAUUACACAGUCACACGCUCCACUGAAUGUCACUGACCAUUGUCCAACUUAAUUGCAAUAUUUUGCAAAGUACCCUUCAACUUUCUACCCACUUCCUUAUAUAUAUUGGAAUGGUCAAUAGAGUAUUUUUUAUAAUACUUUUCUUUUGAUAUUUUUCUCAAUUUUUAUAAGUGAUUUUCCUAAAAAAAACAAACACCAGGAUUAAUUGGUACUUCCAUUUUGACCGUGUACCAGGGCCAUAUCGGCGAAGCCUCUCUGAAAAGCAGCUCUGAUGUGGGACGAUUACUGAGGUCACUUGGCUGUAUGACCUGACAGACUUAAAGAGAUGAAUUGUCCUAGGUCAGCACUUCUUUUCUGAGAUCUGAACUGAGUUUUUCUUUCUAGUACAAAGACCAAACUUGCAACAUUUGUGACAACUUUGAUAAUGUUUUGAAAUGUUUUAGUCAGUGCUUGUUUAGGAUUAUUACCUGUAGACUGUGUUGUUAUUUUGUGUUCUCUGGUUUCUUAUCUAAUUUACUGUAUUACAUUGAUGUGGAAUGUAAAAUGUUGUGAUGUAGAACAUGACAAUAAUUGGACUGGAGGCUAAAUAAAACAGUGCUUAAAUGUAA